CUUCAGCAUGUCGAACUUGUGUAUUGAAUCGACACAAUCGCGAUCCGUAUCUUUUCCAUUCACGCGAUAGGAUAUCAUAAAAUGCUUGAAAUUUCGUCGGUUUAAUUUGUAAAAAUCGCGCAAGCCGUGUGUUUUACCUAGUUUAUUUAAUUGUUCGAAUUAGCGUGGAACUGCGAUGCGAUGAUAUCGACACAAUGUCUAAAUUACACACGUGUUCCAUUUACAUAAACCUUUCCCUUCGAGACAUCUGGUAUCGCAGUAAAAUUUAACUUAGGUAAUUUUAAAUUGAACACACCUAACGAAAAAUUGAUACAUCGAUACGCGCGUUUCUCCUUCUCGGAGUGAUAUUAAAAUCCCAUUUUAUACUCACGAGCUCGCAUGCUUUAAUCCGAGUAUUGAACACUUUUUGAAAAAAAUGACGGGAAAAUUUUACAUUUUUUUAAUCCUCGCAAUUUUUCCGGUUUACGAAUGUAAACCGAAACGUAAAAUACAUAUGACCUUUUGGCCUCGAAACACGACUCCGUACACAGGCCCAACAGCACCAUUCCUCAAAUUAACCAUGGAAUAUUUAAUGGAGCAGAAAAAAGUAGUACCUAAUGUAUUCCCAGCUGGACCAAGAGAUAGUAUGUUUGUUAAAUUUCCUAUACAUUACGUAAGGGGUCGUCCUGGACAGAUAUUAAGUCACGAAGACUGCCAAAAGGCUCCUUAUAUGUACUACAAUGGUCUAGCUUUGGCGCAUUAUUCGGUUGUGAUGGUUUUGGCAGAAUUCGAUAUGAAAGCGAAUCAGACUUCGUAUUACAAUGAAUGGGUGCACUGGAUCUUGGUCAACGUUCCUGGCAGAAAAUUACGAAGUGGAAAACGAAUAGUUCCUUACAAUGUACCUUUACAGCCUUACUCUAAUGGAACUGCUUACUACAUGGUAUUUUUAGCCUACAGACAAAGGUGGAAAUUUAACGAAACUGAACUGGAAACGAUCAAACCGACAGUAAACGAUGGAUCAUUUAGAAUACACAAAUGGUGCUGGGACCUUAAGAUGAGAUACCCUGAUGCUGGAUUUUUCUUCACUUUACGUUACGAUGUAUAUGCGAAUCGUUCUACGACCGUCACAACGCCUUCCACCACGACUGAAAAGGUCAAAAAAGACAGAAGAAGAAGGAAAAACAGAAGGAAUUAAUAACGUGUUUAUUUUCGAAGUCAGUGAUCGAGAUAUCUGUCGAGUUUUUUGGUUUGUUUUCAUGAAAUUGGUUUGUAUUUUAUUUAAACGAAGUUCUUAAUUCGGGAAAAAGACAUCAUAUGUAUCAUUAGAGAAAAAAAAUGUACCCAAAACUCGUUCCACAGGUGGUCUUUAAGAUAACAGCAAAAUAGUCAGCCAUUAUCCUUACUCUUUUUCAUUAAAAUAUUUAUUUCAAAUUUUA